CCUCGCGUCGUCCCCUCCAGCGCUCCCUGCUCCCCGCCUACUCUUGUUCUGUGCUCGCACUGCACCCGCAGCACUCUUUCCCGAGUCAGCAGCGACUGCUCCUCUGCGCACGCCGCCAAUCGCCACUCCAGCGCGCACCCUUGCGUGCUCCACCUCGUCGGCUCUUAGCCUCGACGCUCCCUCCUCGGCGUAGCACACGCUCGGGAGACCGCGGCUCGAGACUCAGUCUCGCCGCACCACGCCUCCGCAGGCCAUCAUGGCAGACCUCGGCAGCGAUGCGGCCGGGCCCUCGCGCCCGCCGCUGUCGCGCGCCUCGCAGCUUGCCCCACCUCCACGCUCGCAGGAGCUCAGCUUCUCACUCGCCUCGGCUGCCUCGGAGGGCGGCCUGCUGCUCGCUCCUCCGAGCGACGCAGCACCUGCCGCCUCUUCUUCGUCUGCCUUUCCCUCCGCUGCGCCGCCUGCCCGCUCGCGCGCCUCAAAAUCGCCACUGCCCGCUUCCGAGGCACAGCCUCAGCGCGCAGCACCUCCAUCCGCAACGCACUCCGAGCUCGGGCCGCUGCCUCGCUCGCCUCGGCCGCCACCAUCAGCCAGCGCCGGCGCACUGACGCUCGCUGCGCGACUGAGAUUGCCGCCGCGUGUCUUCCCGCGGUCAACGAAGCCGGCAGCCGCUGCCGCCAAGGACGUCGCAGUGGCGCCGAGCGCUUCGUCAGACGCGGCGCCGCAUGCUUUGACGACGGAGAACUUGCAGCGAGCAGAGAAGAGCCAGGGAGCCAGUGCCAGCGGACCUCCUACGGAGAGCCGCAAUGGCGAGGCGACAGGCCGCGGCUUCAUGCCGCCGUCUGACGGCACGGCGGUCGUCUCGCCGCCUGCCUCCACAGCAGGUGCCUCGACGUCUGGCAUGCGCUCCCCUCGCAUGCCGAGUGUGCCAGCGUGGGGUGCGCCGCGCUCCUGGGCCAACCUUGCCUCCACCUCCAACGGCAUCUCGAUCUCUGUGCCGGCGUCGGGCUCCGCAUCGGCUGCUGCCUCUGCGUCCGCUUCUCCUUCGGCGCCGCUGUCGCCGGCAUCGCGACGGAAGAAGUCGUCGCGCUCGGAUCAGCAGGCGCAGAAGCGACCGAAGCUCUCGCUCAAGGAGCAACUGCGCGCGGCAGAGCGCUCCUUCGUUGCGCCGCUGACGCGGCCUCGCGGCAUGAUCAACACUGGCAACUUUUGCUUCGCCAACGCUAUCCUGCAAGUGCUUGUGUACUGCGCGCCCUUCACGAACCUGUUCUCCUUGAUCGGAAGCUCCAUACCCGCGGAUCUGUCCAACUCGACGCCGCUGAUGGAGGCAGUCAUCCACUUCCUGCGCGAGUUCCACCCCGCGGACGCUGAGCGCUCGGGUAACGAGACUCCGGACGAGCCCUUCGCGCCGGAGUUCGUGUACGACGCCAUGCGGCUGACGAAGCGCUUUGACACCAUGCGCCGCGGCCACCAGGAGGACGCAGAAGAGUUCCUGGGCUUCCUGCUCGACACGCUGCACGAAGAGCUGCUCGUUGCGCUUCGUCGUCUCGCGGCUCGCUCUGGCACAGAAGAGGAGGCAGAGGAGGGAGCAGAGGGCGUGGUCGCAGAGGAUGAUGAGGCAGAGGAGCAGCGCAUCGUGCGUCGCCCGAGCUCGCCAGAGGCAGAGGGCUGGAUGGAGGUCGGGACGAAGGGCCGCGUGGCACACACGCGUACUACGGCCACGUCCGACUCGCCCAUCACGCGCAUCUUCGGCGGCAAGCUGCGUUCCGUCCUGCGCACGCCCGGCGCGAAGGACAGCGUCACGCUCGAGCCAUACCAGCCGCUGCAGCUCGAUGUCGGCCCGCCCAGCGUGCGCUCCGUCUCUGACGCGCUGCGCAACCUCUGCGUGCCAGAGGUGAUCCCCGGCGUGUGGAGCCCGUCGCGCGGCGCUGCUGUGGACGCGACCAAGACGGUGCUCGUCGAGAGCCUGCCGCCUGUGCUCGUGCUGCACCUCAAGCGCUUCGUCUACGACGGCGGCGAGGUGCUCAAGGACUCCAAGGAGCUCGCUUUCUCGCAGGAGCUCGAGAUCGACGAGAGCGUCAUUGCGCCUGCUCGGCGCGCCGAGGCACAGAGGCACUACCGCCUGUUCGGAGUCGUGUACCACCACGGCCGCUUUGCGUCUGGCGGUCACUACACGGUCGACGUCCUGCGGCAGGACGGCCAGCAGUGGCUCCACAUCGACGACACGAAUUGGCAGAUCUGCCCGCCGCCGGGCACGCCGUCUGCCUCGGCGCCGAUUGGCCAGCUGAACAGCUCGAUCCCGCCGCGCACGCACAACGGCGUGGCGUAUCUGCUCUUCUUUGCGCGCACCGAUGCGCUGCAGGCUGCGACGGGCGCGACAGCAAGCGCCACCCCCGCGGCUGCAGCUCCGGCACUGGCGACGCCUGCGCCUCAGAAACCGAAGGCCAACGGCGUCAAUGGCCACGCGAAGCCUGCCACGCCGGUCGCAGCCGCUUCGGCAACGCUCCCCAGCGCUGCCAACACGCCGCUGUCACCCGCUGCUGGCGCUGCGGCCGGAGGCGCUGCUCCGCGCCCAAAACGCGUCGUGCCAGGCGCGGCGCCGCCUGCGCCGACGAAGAAGGAAAAAGCUGCUGCUGCCGCGGCAGCGCAGCACCGGAUGGGCACGCAUGUGGUUGCGUGAGGAGUGCUCAUCCGCUAGGUGAAAGGUGGCUGGCUGUCCUCAAGCUCUUGGUCACUUCGCCGUCUCGUCGCUACUGCAACAUACCGCCUUCUUCAUUCUGACGUACGUUCCCCGACCCGCUUGCUCCCACACAUCACACAUCUGUACGCGUCCGUCCACGCUACGCCCGCAAUGCAUGCUCCG